AUGGAAGGGUUAAACGCAAACAGCUGGGUCCUGAAAUCUCCCUUCAGCAUCACCAACCUCCUCCAAGAUGUGGCCUCAAACGAAACUCCUGAGGGACCUCUGUCAUCACCACCAAGGGAAGAAGGGAGCAUAGCGGCAGCCGGCGACCAACUCGAGAGGCUGAGAAAAGAGGAUCUUUCUGGGGAAAGGAGAGGGAAACAUGAGAAGCCGCCGUUCAGCUACAACGCUCUGAUUAUGAUGGCCAUCCGACAGAGCCCAGAGAAGCGGCUGACACUCAACGGCAUCUAUGAAUUCAUCAUGGGGAACUUCCCUUAUUACAAGGAGAACAAGCAAGGGUGGCAGAACUCCAUCCGGCACAACCUCAGCCUCAACAAAUGCUUCGUCAAAGUGCCCCGGCACUAUGAUGACCCCGGCAAAGGCAACUACUGGAUGCUGGACCCUUCCAGCGAGGACGUCUUCAUCGGAGGCACCACCGGCAAGCUGAGGAGGCGGUCACCUGCUUCCCGGGCCAAGCUGGCCUUCCGGAGGGGAGCCAGGCUAGCUUCGGCUGGGAUGACCCUUACUGGAUCCUUCUACUGGCCCUUUUCCCCUCUCUACGGCGCCGCCUCAGCCUACCUGGGCCCUCACCCCGGCUCUUUCUCUUCUGUUUUCUCCCAUCAGGCUAUAACUCCUUCAGGAACGCACAUACAGAUGGAAAGCAGUGACCAUUCCAACAGCCGUCAGUACACUGCCACAACAAAUCUGGCUUCGGCCUUGCCCUAUGGCUUGUCUGUGCCUGAGCGCCUGAACUCCAGCUCUGUCAACUUUCUGACGGGUCAGGCAACCUACAUCUUCUCUCAGAGACACCAUCACGCCUUGCCAAUUAGUCCACCGGCUGGCAUCCCUGCCAAAUGCUCCGGAGAUCUCCUCAGCGGAGUCCCCCCAGCUUUCCCCGGACGGCUCUCUCCGGAGUUCCCGAGCUACUUCGCUUGUCAGAAUCAAGCAGUUCCCUUCAGUCCAACCCUGCCUUGA